GGGAAAACAUGGCUUCACACACAGGGAAGGUUUUUCUGUGGUUAGGUCGAAUAAAUGUUCCUGCUCUUGGACUUAAUAAAUCAGUGAGCAGGGUCACAUACGCGACGGAUUUGUCCACAAAUGUUUAUACUGAGAAAAACGCUGCUCCUGACAGAGGCGGCAGAGGCAGAAGACCCAAGAGAGAAGCGGGGGAGCCAAGGACAGAAAAAAUGCCAGUGGAUCAGGACUGGACUGCAGUUUAUCCAGUAGCAACCCCCUUUAGACCGAAUUCUGUCCCCCUGCCUGUGAGGAUGGGCUACCCUGUGAACCGAGGUAUUCCACCAGAGAAGACGGGCAACCUGGAGCUAAUCAAGAUACCAAACUUUUUGCAUUUGACACCUGCAGCAAUCAAGAGACACUGUGAAGCUCUGAAACCAUUCUGUACAGAGUGGCCGUCUGCCUUGGACACUGAUGCCAAAUGUGACGAGCUCUUCCCCAUUAAAGUAGAAAGCACAGACUACGUGUCUGCUGGCCCAUCUGUCAGAAACCCUGCAGCCCGUGUUGUUCAGCUAAGAGUGAAGCUGUCCAGUUUGAAUCUGGAUGACCAUGCACGCAAGAAAUUGCUCAAACUUGCUGGAGACAGAUACUGCAAAGAUUCUGAUGUCCUCACCCUCACAACUAACAGCUGCCCUCUGAGAAAACAGAAUUAUGACUACGCCAUGUACCUGCUAACUGUCCUUUACCAUGAGUCUUGGAAAACAGAAGCCUGGGAGGCUGAGAAGACUGUGGCAGACAUGGAGGAAUACAGCUGGGAGGACAGCCCGUCCCAAAAGAGUAUCUUGGAUACGCUAGUACGCAUGAAAGUGGCCGGGGAAGGAGAAGGCGAGGACGUGCGAGAGCAGCUACUGGGAAGAAGCGAGGUGCAGGAGUAUAAGGACUCGGUCGUGAGGCUGAAGAAUGAAGGAGAGAGCGAGAGCACCAUACUUCAGUACAAAGAGGCUGUCAAGAAAGUACUCAGCCUGUGAUACAGCUUCAUGUACAAAUGUAUUUACAGGUAUACAGUGACCAAGGGCAACAGGGACCUGUAAUAGGAUCUACAAAAACAUUUAAAACACAACAACCAGCAACACAAGCAAGAGAUUACUGUAGAUAAUUACUAUUCCAGUAUACGUCAGGUUAUUACAGCCUCACUGGUCACAGGCAUGAUGCUGUCUUUCAAACGAAAAUAAAAGUCUGAUGUGUGCUAUUGCUAAUGAGCCUUCUGUCUUUGAAUUUUGAAGCUUUUAUGUAAUAAAGGCCCCAUUCAGUCAGUUCCUAGCCCAACUUGAGCGCCCAUCCCACCCUCGUCUCUAUCGGGUCGAAGAGCGGGACUCUGGUGAAAGGAUGCUUUUAGCAGCAGGCGGCUGAAAAGCACCUCGCCUUUCUUUAAGAGUUUUGGUCUGUGGUCCGUGCACUCUUAGGUCAGAAGAAACCCAAUGCACUGACAUGUGCUCAGCUGUGGGAAGGUUAAAUACUGAAGGCCACAAGGCAAAAGGCAGUCCUCCUUCAGCCCCACUUUGCUGACAGUCUGAACAGCCCUUGAAUUGUAGCAGUUUUUUUUUUU